AUGACUGCGCAAACCGCCGAAGGGCUCACGCCCGAGCAGCUCGCUUUCUUCAAUGAGAACGGCUACCUACUGAUACCGGAUGCUCUGUCGCAAGAAACGGUCAAGCAGUUGGUGGAAGACACGAACAAGAUGCUCAACGACUUCUCACUCGACGACCAUCCCAUGACCAAGUUCUCAACUGGUGGCGACGACGGCGCCGAUCACGUUGGAGACAGCUACUUCUUAGAAUCCGGCGAUAAGGUGCGGUUCUUCUUUGAAGAGGACGCCUUCGACAAGUCUGGCUCGCUGACAAAACCCAAACACCGUGCCAUCAACAAGAUCGGGCACUACCUCCACGAGCUUUCACCCUCCUUCCGCAGCAUGUCCCUGUCGGCCCGCAACGCCGCCAUCGCUUCCUCCCUCGGCUUCCGCGACCCUCGUGUCUUGCAAUCCAUGGUCAUCUGCAAACAGCCAGAGAUAGGCGGCGCAGUGCCACCACACCAAGAUAGCACCUUUUUGUACACGGAUCCGCCAAGCGCGGUUGGAUGGUGGUAUGCGCUCGAGGAUGCGACACAGGAGAACGGAUGUUUGAGCUUCGCUGCUGGGAGUCAUAAGCGUGCUGCCAUUGAGAAGAGGUUUGUAAGAACAGGCAACGGCACUGGCUUCAUCGACAACGAGGGCGCCAGAUUUCCAAAAAGCUUGAAGCAGGAAACAAACGGCGAGAAAGAGUACGAGAUGGUCGAGAAGGAGGAAAGAUACGACAUGGGUGAGGUCAAGGCCGGGACUCUAGUGCUAAUCCAUGGCAACAUACUCCACAAGUCGGAAAAGAAUACGAGCAGUAAGAGCCGCAACAUCUACACGUUCCACGUCAUUGAGGGCGAGGAGAAGUACGACGAGAGGAACUGGUUGCAGCCACCAGAACAAGGGUUUUCGAGAUUGUCCAAGGGAGUAACAGCAGCGAACGGGACGGAUACGAACAACAGGCUCGCGAGGGACUGGUAA